GCGACCUGCUCACGUUUGGAUGCAGCAGUUUGUAAGAGAAGGAUAAUUCACACAAAAACUUCAUUCAAGUUCUUUUUCAACAGUUUUUAGUCAGAGGAGGAAGUGAGAAGAUGGACCCUGACAGUCCUGACAGUCCUGACAGUCCUGACAGUCCUGUGUCCAGGGUGGAGAGGACAUUCUGGACAGUCUGGAACUAUAUAACCGGAGCUGUGAACAGAUUCUUCAGGCCUGAGCUCAGUGACCAGCCAUCAGCAGUUCACAGUGGUCACUCAGAAAGUGACCCAGAUGGACAGGAGGUCAGUGAGCAUCCUCCCGUCUCCACGGCCUCCCUGCUCACUUCAUCACAACCAGGUGUUGCGUGGGAACUCGGCACCACUGAAAUCGAUUUAGGGCCUGAGGAGGAGAGCGCUCGGCUGAGCGGAGGCACUGAGAGCAAAGCACCAACGGAAGGUGAGGACAAGAGAGAGGAGGAGAUUGGCCCAACAGGAAACGAUGAUGCUGGGCAGCUCGAUUGCAAAACCACAAGAGAUCAAAAAGACAAAGAAGUGGACAACAGAGAGGGCAAAGUGGACACUUACGGACAAAGUCAGACACCAGACAAUGAUGAGGAGGAAGAAGAUGAAAAUCUUACAGAACGUGGAAUGAAUGAAGACUUGGAAGUUGGAAGAAUGGCCAGUGCAGGGGAGGAGUCACCGGCAAUGACACCGGAGGAUCAGCAAAUAGUGAGUCAAACUGUGAGAGAGAUCCAAGAAACAGAGGAAAUGUUCCAUGUAGCUGAGCAACACUUGAAGGCAGAGGAGGCCGCGAUGACAGAUCAGAAUCCAGAACAUCUAGAAGCGGUGCAGCAGACGAUGGCACAAACAGACGUAGAAAGCGCUGAUGCCGUGUCACAGCUGCUAUCAGAAAAUGAAAAUGGUGACCAUGAGAUGGAAAAGCAAUUUGAAACUCAGUGUUUAGUGUGUGAGCAGCUCUCAGAGGACGAGGCAGACUCAGGCCUUUCCUCUCCCAACAGAGAACUCAAUAUGACCUUCAGAAAAGGCAGCAAUGUAUCAGAAGACGGUGGACAUGAAGACGUCAUGACUGACAGGAGUCAGGAGGAGACACUAGAUGAUCAGCAAAAAGUGAGUGAUGUGAAAGAAGACAUGCUCAGUGGUGAGAUAAAAUGGUGCUUGAUGUCUGACCUGAGUCCAACAGAGGUGCAGACGGCGUCGGAAACAGAAGUAGAAGACACUGAUGCUGUGUCACGGCUGGUCUCAGAAAACAAACACAGCAACGACGAGGUGGAGAAACACACAGAACAUCAGCAUUUAGUCUGUGAGGAGCUCUCUGAGGCACACACAUAUGACAAGGCAGGCUCAGUUGGACAUGAAGACGUGAUGGCUGAUAGGAGUGGAAGCGAUGAAGUUGAGGAGGAGGAGCAAAAAGUGAGUGAAUCUACGAGAAAGAUCCAAGUGAAGGAAGAAAUCCUCAGUGAUGAGCAAGUUUUGGAAGAUAGUGAGAUAACAAUGUGGCGAAUGACUGAUCUGAGUCCAGCAGAGGAGCAUAACAUGCACAUAGAAGAGAUGCAGACGACUGUGGCAGAAACAGAAGUAAAAGCAGAAGUCUCAGAAAAUGAGUUGGAUCAUGAUGAGGUGAAAAAAACAGUUGAAUAUCAGCGAUCAGUGAAUGACCAGAGAGGCUCAGGCCUUAUCUUUGAAAUGACCGUGGAUGCUGGACACGAGCAUGCGAUGAAAAGUACAAGUAAAAGUGAUGAAAUUGAGGAGGAGAGGGAGCGUGUCACUGAGGCUGCAGGCAAUCAGACAACAAACGUACAGCAAGAGCAGGAAGAGGACAUCAAAUUAGCUGAAGUAAACAACCGAGACUUGGUUACUAAACAUGUUGAAGGCGAUGAAGAAGUUCAGCAAAGGGCGGAAAAAGAGGAUGUGGUUAAGGACCAUGAAAUGCAAACCACAACAAGAGAGACCAACACAGUGACCGAGGAAAAAUAUCUGACAGAUAUUUCAGUAGAAGGGAGGCUUUUUGUCAAAGAUGAAGAAGAAGAAGAAGAUGGGAUAGUGUCCAGUGAAAGUGGUGGGGACACAGCAUGUGGAAUCCCCUCAGGGACAAUGAAAUCCAAGGGCGAGACUGGACAGGAAAUAUGCAAAGAGUUCAAAAACACUCCCUUGGGGAUCUAUGAAGGCCAGGAGCUAAAUUCUCCAACGUGUGAGGAAACACAAGAGGGAGUUCCUGAGGACAACAAUGAGCCUGGGCCAGAUGAAAAUACAACACAAUGGUUCCUGGAAGAAGGAGAUUACAAGGAAACUCAUGCCACCCUGUUACCAGAAGAGGUGGAGAGUGCACAGCCUGAAAGUCUUCUAAACAGUGGCUCUGGGGGAGACUUCUCACUUAAGGAGGAGGAACAAGCAAGCACUGCAGAGGAGCAGACUAGAACACAUACAAAUACUGGACUGCUAGAGACGGAGAAACAGAUUGUUGAACCAGUGGAAGGACCAGGAGACUUUUCUGAGGAAGAGGAAGUAAGACUGGUACAGAACUUAAAGACAACAUGGACAGAACACUCAGAAGAGGCAUUUGGGACUGACAGGAUAGAAACAGAGCUGCAAGGUAGGACUGGAGAGCUGCUGGGUGACUCUGAAUCUGACGACGGGGUAAGUGAGAUCAGAAAUGCUGCUGAAGAUGGCCAGAAGUCAACAGGAGCUGUAGCAGCUGUUGAUGUGCUGGUCAGCUUCACUGACACAUCUUUAAAACUCCUUGAGUCUGAAAGAGAGAAGAUGACAGAAACAAGCUUCUCGCAAGAGUCAGGAGCUGCCGUCGGCUCUGAGUACGAGAGCAGCAAGCCUCCGAGGUUAGAAGACUCUGCAGGACUUGGAGUCUUGAAACAGGCUGAUACGACUGAGCGGAACUUGCCUUCAGGGACAGGUAUGGAGGAAGCAGGAGCUGAGGCAGUGGAGAAUGAAAGUUUAAGUCUAGAUGUUGCACCUACCACACUGGAGACAAAACAACAAGCAUCACAUGAAGGAUUUGAGAUGUUAACAGACAUCGGAGAAGCAGAGGAUUUCCUUUUAACCAGGAGCAAACCAAAGGUUUGGACAGAAGCAGAGCAGAGCCAUGCUGGAAGAAGAUGUCAGGAUUUUAUUGAUGAAGAAAUCCUUGACUUGUGGAUGGAGGCAGCGUCGUAUCAGGACGAACAAACGCAUGUCAAUGUAGAGACAUCGCAGACAGAGGAGGACAAAGAGAAGCUUUUGGAGUUGAUUUCAGAAACAUCUGUGAAUGAGACAGAAACAUGUGUAUCUACUACUGAGUCUGGAUUAUUGGACCAGUCUGUCAGUGAACAGGAAGGAGACCUCAGAGAAACCAGCAGUGGGGCCUUUCAAAUCUGUAAUGACAAGAUGUUUACUGAGUUAUUGACACAACAACCUAACUAUGAAUCUGAGGAAGCAACAGAGAGAGGACAAUCACAUCUGACCGAGAAGGAAUCCAUUUCUGAGACAGGGUUUCACCCUGAUUCAGGACUUCAAUCAUCAGAGGCUGAAUAUAAAUCUCAAGAGAAAAUGGGUCAGGAAGGAGAUGUACCGUCAUCAGUGCAGAUAGAGGAGGAGAAAGAGAAGCUUGAAGAGUUGAUUACAGGAGAAUCUGGAUUAGUGAGUGUCACAGGGAUGUUCUCCUCUACAGCAGAGUCUGGAUUAUUGGACCAGUCUGUCAGUGAACAGGAAGGAGACCUCAGAGAAACAAGCAGUGGGGCCUUUCAAAUCCAUAAUGACAUGUUGUUUACUGAGUUGUCUAUGCCACAACCUAACUAUGAAUCUCAGGAAGCAACAGAGACAGCACAAUCGGCCACGACAGAGGAGAUAAUGUUUCACAUGGAUUCAGGACUUCAAUCCUCAGAAGAUGGAUAUAAGGAAGGAGAUAUACAGUCACCAGUGCAGACAGAGAAGGUGAAAGGGAAGCUUGAAGAGUUGAUUUCAGGAGAAUCUGGAUUAGUGAGAGUCAUGGGAAUGUCCUCAUCUACAGCAGAGUCUGGAUUAUUGGACCGUCCAGUCAGAGAUACUAGCACUCGGUCAUUUCCAGGCUCAAAUGACAUGUUGGCUGCUGAAAUAUCUACACAGGAGCUUAACUUUGACUCUCAAGAAGCAACAGAGAAAGGCCAAUCAGUCACGGCAGAGAAUGAAACAGAGUGCAGAAUUAGAGCACCAGAGGCUGGACUUCAGGAAUCAGAUGAAACGCAACAGAGACAAGGUGAGGAAGGCGAUGAAUCUGCGGAGUCUGAAACGGGAUCACAGAAAGGGAUGAGUGUUGACGACACUGAUGAGGAAAAAACUAAAGGUGAAGACGCACUUCUUGAGGCGACCGUAUCGGACUCCUAUGAUGAAAUCAAACAUCCUCAGUCUAGAUGUGGCUCAGACGCUUCAAUCCAAGAAGAAACCAUGUUGACAGAAUCACAAAAUGACAGUGGUACUGAAGGUGAGGAGGAGUUCAUGUUUUCUUCACUGAACAUACCACAGGCCAAUACGUGGUCAGAGGACACGUAUGACUCAAAACCUAAACUCAUCAGGCCUGAGACUGCAGAAGAGCCAGCAACACAUCCUGAUCUUCCGAUUGAGAUGAAUGUGACUGUGCUGGACUUCACUGCACAAAAGUCAAGAAUCGCUGUUAAAAACCCUAAUGUCAGACCACCCCAAAACCCACGCUCUCUGCUGCACAUGCCCUCAGAGGAUCCCACGCCCACCACACACCCGCCAGUCAAAGCUCCAAUGGGGGUGUCUUUUGGAGGCGUGGGCAUGGGAAUAAAACUACCAGGCCUUGGUGCAGGUUUUCCUGUUUUAAAAAAGACACGUGUGGUGGCAGAGGACAAAAGCGCAGAGGAAUCUGAGACAAAGCCAGAGGAGAAGAGCGACUCAACCAAACACAGACCCAAAUGGAUGCCACCAACACAUCAAGGAUUUGGAAAUCCAUUUAUGUCUGAGCUGAAGACCAAACUGAGGAAAAGCACAGAAGAGUGACAGUGUUUAACUGUAAUGCUGUAUGUGAAUAUUUGAAUAGAAAUGGCAAAUGGCUUUAUUUUGUGUGUAUUUAUGUAAGUGGAAACAAUGAUGACCUGUUCAUUAUGUCAGUUACUUUGACCCUUUGUUUUUAUUUGGUAAUAAAGAUGAACUGGGAUCUCA